UGCCUGGUGGCAUCGCCUCCGAGUCCCUCACCUUCACCCCGCUGGAGGACAUGAUAUUUCUGAAGUGGGAGGAACCGGUGGAGCCCAACGGCCUCAUCACACAGUACGAGAUCAGCUACCAGAGCAUUGAAUCUUCUGACCCGGCGGUCAAUGUCCCUGGCCCGCGACGCACCGUCUCCAAACUACGCAACGAGACCUACCACGUCUUCUCCAACCUCCACCCUGGCACCACCUACCUCUUCUCAGUCCGGGCCCGCACUGGUAAAGGUUUUGGCCAGACAGCACUCACCGAGAUCACCACCAACAUCUCCGCUCCCACCUUUGACUACGGGGACAUGCCAUCGCCGCUGAGCGAGUCGGAGAGCACCAUCACCGUGCUGCUGCGGCCGGCGCAGGGUAGGGGGGCUCCCAUCAGCACCUACCAGGUCAUUGUAGAAGAAGACCGGCCCAAGAAGCUCAAGCGGGAGCUGGGUGGGCAGGAUUGCUUCCCGGUGCCACUCACCUUCGAUGACGCCGUGUCCCGUGGCUCUGUACACUACUUUGGUGCUGAGCUGCCCGCCAGCCGCCUAGCCAAACCCUUCACUGUGGGGGACAACCAGACCUACAGCGGCUACUGGAACCCACCGCUGGAGCCCAAGAAGGCGUAUCUCAUCUACUUCCAAGCCAUGAGCAACCUCAAAGGGGAAACCCGGCUGAACUGCGUCCGGAUCGCCCGCAAAGCUGCCUGCAAAGAGAGCAAACGUCCCUUGGAGGUGUCACAGCACUCGGAGGAGAUGGGCCUGAUCCUGGGGAUCUGUGCCGGGGGGCUCAUCGUUUUGAUUAUCCUCCUGGGAGCCAUCAUCGUCGUCAUUCGGAAAGGCAAACCCGUCAACAUGACCAAAGCGACCAUUAACUACCGCCACGAGAAGACACACAUGAUGAGUGCCAUCGACAGGAGCUUCACCGACCAGAGCACGCUGCAGGAGGACGAGCGCCUGGGGCUCUCCUUCAUGGACACCCACAACUACAGCAACCGGGGUGACCAGCGCAGCAGCGUGGUCAACGAGUCCAGCAGUUUGCUGGGUGGCUCCCCCCGCCGCCAGUGCGGCCGCAAAGGGUCCCCGUAUCACACCGGGCAGCUCCAUCCCGCUGUGCGCGUGGCGGAUCUCCUCCAGCAUAUCAACCAGAUGAAGACAGCAGAAGGAUACGGCUUCAAGCAGGAGUAUGAGAGUUUCUUUGAAGGAUGGGAUGCUUCGAAGAAGAAAGACAAGACCAAAGGGAGACAGGAUCACUUAUCGACAUAUGACCGUCACCGAGUGAAGCUGCACCCGCUGCUGGGAGAUCCCAACUCUGACUACAUCAACGCCAACUACAUCGAUGGCUACCACAGGUCCAACCACUUCAUAGCCACGCAAGGGCCCAAGCAGGAGAUGGUGUACGACUUCUGGCGCAUGGUGUGGCAGGAGCACUGUUCCAGCAUCGUGAUGAUAACCAAGCUGGUGGAGGUGGGCCGGGUGAAAUGCUCCAAAUACUGGCCGGAUGACUCUGAGAUGUACGGGGACAUCAAGAUCACCCUGGUGAAGUCGGAGACGUUGGCUGAGUACGCUGUCCGCACCUUCGCUCUCGAGAGGCGGGGUUACUCAGCCCGGCACGAGGUGAAGCAAUUCCACUUCAUGUCGUGGCCUGAACACGGUGUCCCCUACCAUGCCACGGGGCUGCUGGCCUUCAUCCGCCGGGUGAAGGCGUCCACCCCGCCCGACGCCGGCCCCAUCGUCAUCCACUGCAG